UAAGAGAAGAGUUCAAAGAGAAUGGGCAAGCACGUAAUUCAAGAACUAAAAUGUUUUUUUAAGACAAGAAGUGCAGUUAGUUUAAACUUUAAACUAAACGUGCAAGAAGAACAGGAAUAUAUCAUCAAAGAGGAGAGCGCAAGAAGCAAAUCCUUUUGAGACCUGAUCGUCGGAAUGUAUCACCGUAUUCCGUCGCUAAUGGAGCCAUUACUUAGGAGAGUCUCGGCGCGUUGGCCUGUCAUCGUUCAGGCUACAACGUGGACAGUGCUCCUCAUGGUCACUGUAGCCGUGGCUUCUUUCGCUCCCGAAUUGGCGUUUGUGUCUACGGUGUCGUCUUCGUGCGGUCGAGGAGAUGGGUUCGUGAAGAUUCCCAUGGAUUUUCCGGGGGAGAGUGUGUGCGUGCCGUCUCACAUGGUGAAGAGAUCGCGUUUCGAUUUGUUUAUGCCUCCUAUUUUCGCAGCUGUUAUGGUGACGGCGUCGGCUUGUUUGAUCCGAUCGUGUUUUGGAACAGAGGAUAUGGAUGAUGUAUGA